AUGCCAAAAGGACCUCUGGAAUGGGGACAGAUCAACUUCCUACACACCACGGAUACCCAUGGAUGGCUUGAAGGACACAUCAAGGAGCAGAACUACGGCGCUGACUGGGGCGACUUUGUCAGCUUCACAAAGCACAUGAAGCAGAAAGCUCGCAAACUUGGUGUUGACUUGCUUCUGAUCGACACAGGGGACUUGCACGACGGUGCCGGGCUCAGCGACGCGACAACACCCAACGGCAACGUCUCCAAUGCCAUCUUUGAAAACAUCGACUACGACCUCUUGACUAUCGGGAACCAUGAGCUCUACGUGACCGAGAUUGCUUAUGAGACCUUCAGCAACUUCUCCAAGGUCUAUGGAGACAAGUAUCUUACCAGCAAUGUUCAGAUCAUCAACCCGGCCACGGGUCAGUUCGAGUACAUUGGCGCUCAGUACCGUUAUUUCACCACUGAGCAGGGAUUGCGCAUCAUGGCGUUCGGUGUGCUCUUUGACUUUACCGGGAACAGCAAUGUUUCCAAGGUUAUCAAAGCUGCUGACAUGGUCAAGGAGUCGUGGUUCCAGCACGCCGUCAACUUCACCGAGCCCAUUGAUCUUUUUGUGGUCACUGGUCACAACCCUGUGCGAACCACCGCUUCUAGUAGUACCAUGGGAACUGUGUUCAAGGCCAUUCGCAGUAUCAGGCCCGAUACGCCGAUCCAGUUCUUUGGAGGCCAUACGCACAUUCGAGACUUUACAGUCUACGAUAACAAGGCCACUGGUCUCGAGUCUGGCCGUUAUUGUGAGACGCUGGGCUGGCUUGCAAUGUCUGGUAUCCACUCGGCUACUGGAAAAGCACCUCAAAAGCCCAAAGGCGUACCGAACCCCUCUCGCCCUGCCGUGGUGCAGAAAAGGACAGGAAAUUUGUCUGCUAGGUCGGUCCCAAGCUCCUCGACCGUCUAUGAGCGCAGAUAUCUUGAUUGGAACCGAAACACGUUUGAGUACCAUGCCGAGGGAAGCCAGCGCUAUUACAAGGCGUUUGACACCCCCCAUGGUGUUGAGGUCACUUCGGAAAUCACAACAGAACGAGCUAAGCUUAACCUGACCAAUCUUUACGGCUGUGCGCCAGCGACAUACUGCCAGUACUGCAAGCCAUUUCUGGCCGAGGGUAACAUCUUCAAACUUCUCCAAACCGCCUUGGCUACGGUUGUCGUCAACGAGACGCGCAAGGACACCGCUCGAUUCAUCAUCAUCAACACCGGUAGCGUGCGCUUCGAUCUCGCCGAAGGUCCCUUCACAUACGACGACUCAUUCAUCGUUUCGCCAUUCAAAGACGUCUUCCAAUACAUUGCUGAUGUGCCAUAUGAGCAAGCAUCCAAGGUGCUCGAUAUCCUGAAUGCAGGCCCAUACCAAAGAAAGAAGCGCGACCUCGAGUCGACCGACUUUGGCUUUAGUCCUAUCCUCGCAGACCGCGAUACCUGCAUUGACCCGCCACUCACUCACCAAUAUGAAGGACAUACUCGUCGUUCUAGACAAAGUGGCCGCCUCAUUCGCCGCCAAUCGACUGCUCCAACACCAGGCUAUACCACCACAGACGAUUUCGGCACCGACGGCGACGAUACGAUACAUUCACGCAUUCCAAACUACUCGCAACCAAACGAUCUCCAGGCCAAUGCUUCCUUUCCACUUGACGGAUCUAUGCCAAAGAGUGUCGAUCUUGUCUUCCUGGAUUUCAUCGCAAGCUACAUCAUUAACGCCUUGAAUGAGCCUGAUGUUGGUGGCAACUUCUCACUCAGCCAGGUCUCGAACUACAUAGAUGGGAACUUUACAACCAACAGCUAUUUGCCGGCGUAUGCGAAGAUUGCGUGGCAGAAAAAUGUGCCAAACUGUCCUGUAGGCAAGGGAAUCGGUAGUUCGUAG